AAACUUGAGUUCAUGCACUCAUCAUUGUAACCUUUUAGGUUGCAGAAUACUCUCUGCCACUCUCGGAAUUUGUCCAUGUACUCUAACUUCCGUAGAAAACUGUCUUCGGCCCUCUUUCUGAGCAAAGCUGUUACCUAUGGACUGAAGAACGUACCCCGCACGAGGCGGGUCGAAGCGUCGCGACCAAUUCGACGACACCUUUCUACACUUUACACUGCUCAAACUCUUCGCUUACGACCCCGUUACGCCCCAUCUCAUUCUGUUCGACAUGUUCACGUUCGCGCUUUGUCUUACUCGUCGAUACCCCGCUUUAUGCUUCGCGCUUUCAGAGUACCAAUAGGUGCUGCGACUGCCGGUGCCGGAGGACUUACUUAUGCCAACUAUAAAUUUGAAGAGGUGAGGAAGAAAUCAAGGGAAUGGAUAGAUGCUGUUCAAGAUACCGCGACCGAUCUUUACGGUUCUGCUUCGGACGUCGUCAAAUCAGUGUCUUCGCGUGUUUCCGAUGUCAAGCUUCCCGAGCUACCAGACUUUGAGGCGCCACAGUUUUUGAAGGACUUAUUCAGCUCUUCUAACAAAGGAAAGGGCAAGCAGAAGGACGGUGGAGAGAAUGAUGAAGGGAGUUCGAGGAAUAAGCGACCCGACGGUGAAGAUGCUGCCCUUGCUGCCUUGGUUGCCGCAGCCAUGUCCUCAUCUUCGGACUCCAAGUCGGAGAACGGUGGUUUAGAUACUCAAAAUGGCCUCAUGCACCUCACGCGGAAACUCAUCGAGAUUCGGAGUAUGCUCUUGAGCAUUGAUCAAAGCGAUGCUUUGAAGCUCCCAAGUAUCGUGGUUAUUGGCAGUCAGAGUUCUGGGAAGAGUUCAGUAUUGGAAGCCAUUGUUGGACACGAGUUCCUACCCAAAGGGAACAAUAUGGUUACUCGACGUCCUAUCGAGCUGACUCUCAUUCACACCCCUCAGGCAAAUGGUAACGAUCCUGAAGAGUACGGGGAGUUCCCUAUGCUUGGAUUGGGCAAGAUUAGCGACUUCUCCAAAAUUCAGAAGACCUUGACGGACUUGAACCUCGCUGUUCCGGCCUCUGAAGCCGUUUCCAACGAUCCCAUUGACCUACGGAUAUACAGUCCCCGUGUACCGGAUUUAACCCUUAUCGACCUGCCUGGUUACAUCCAGAUUGCUUCCAUGGACCAACCGGAAUCUCUGAAGGAGAAAAUCGCAUCUCUAUGCGAGAGAUACAUCCGGGAACCUAACAUCGUCCUGGCCGUUUGCGCUGCCGAUGUUGAUUUGGCUAAUUCACCCGCUCUCCGAGCAAGUCGGAAAGUUGACCCCCUAGGCUUGCGUACUAUUGGCGUCAUCACGAAGAUGGAUUUGGUCCCUCCAGAACAAGGUGCCUCGAUUCUUUCUGGAAAUCGGUAUCCUCUGCACCUUGGCUAUGUUGGCGUCGUAUGCAAGACUUCUGGAAUCAGAGGCAGUCGGGAGUCGACUACUGCAAUGGUACAACGUGGCGAGAACGAUUACUUUGGUUCACACAGACAAUACUUUGGGAGCACAUCUUCUUUGAUGGUGGGUACCGAUACUCUGAGGAAACGUUUGAUGGAGGUCCUCGAGUCGUCUAUGGCUUCUUCCCUCCACGGUAUCACCAAUGCCGUUCAGCUGGAACUCGAGGAGGCGCAGUAUCAGUUCAAGGUGCAAUACAACGAUCGUCGUAUCACCGCUGAAUCCUACGUUGCCGAGACUGUCGAUCUUCUCAAAGCCCGAUUCAAGGAAUUCACCACACAAUUCCGCAAACCACAUGUCAGAGCGAAGCUCAAGGAGAUGUUGGAUGACAAAGUUAUGGACGUCUUGGAACAAUUGUAUUGGACAGAUAAACGUGUACCAGAACUCUCCAGCCUCGCUGCGGACCCGAGAGUCAAACCAGAGGACGUAGAGCCCUACUGGAGGUACAAACUCGAAGCUGCUUCUUCCUUACUCACCAAAUCAGGUGUCGGUCGUGAUUCUACGCUUCUGGUAGCAGACGGUCUUCGUACUUUGAUUGACUCUAUAGCUGCUGGCGAACCGUUCAAUCAUCACCCCCGAGCAUCUGAACGGCUCAUCGAAUUCUCGCAUGCCAUCCUUCGAGAUCGUAUAGGUGUCACCUCCGAUCAAGUCGAGAAUUGUAUCAAGCCGUAUAAGUAUGAAAUCGAGGUGGAACCUAGGGAAUGGGAUUCUGGACGAAAUGAGUCUUUGACGUUGUAUGAGAAGGAGUUGGUGCAAUGUGAGGAAAGGUUGAAGGAGAUCAGGAAGAGAGUUGGUGGGGGUAGGAGAUUGAAUGGUUUGGUUGUGUAUGUGAAGGAGUUGGAGGCUAAGGAGAGGGAGAGGAAGCAGAGGGUGUUGGUGAACCCCGAGGCUGAGAAUGAGGAGAGUGCGAGUGUGGUGGAGGAUUAUCGCUAUCCUCCGGCUCAAAUCCUUGAUGCUCGGCAUGCGAUGAUGUAUGGCAACAGACUCGGCGUCCUUAAACUUCGACUCGCUGCGUUGAAGUCAAAACGUUGCAAGGGUGGACCUGAGAACGAUGUUCUCUGUCCUGAAGCGUUCUUAAGUGUCGUGGCUGAUAAGCUCGCAUAUACUUCUGCUAUGUUCAUCAACAUCGAGUUGCUUGACCACUUCUUCUACCAGUUCCCUCGUGAGAUCGAUUCGAGACUUUUGUACGAUUUGGAUAGACGGGAAAUCGUAGAGUUCGCAAGGGAGAACCCUGUGGUAAAGAAACAUUUGGACUUGCAAGAGCGCAAGGAUAAAUUGGAAGAGGUGAUGAAGCAAUUGAAUAGCUUGGCCACCUUACGACCCGAGUCGGUACAGACAACACCACGACGUCAACGAGGACUCUUUGGAGGAAUGUUCUAGUUUGUAUUCUGUACAUCGUUGUUAUAUUUCUUUCACCUCUCAGCACUGGUUUUGGAAGUAUUGUACGCACCACUGUUCAGCACUUCACAUAAUUCUCCCUCACACGACCACUCUACGAGAUGUUGCAAGCAUUUGAACAGUUUCGAUAUCUAGAGUAUGUAUGCAUAAUGAAAAGGUAAUCUACAGUGAUGAUACAUACAAGUCAACAGUAAAGGGUAUAUAAGAUCUAAAGCUUGGCCUUGGUCUUGGCCACCUAUUCAAACGAAUUAGGAACAUGC